UUAGCAGCUACUAGUGCUGGCAUAGGGAGCUGGCACAGUCAAAAUAACAAGAAACUAAAGUACUUCUUGCACAUCAGUUAAUGACGAAGCAGCCGAUCAAACCGCGAAAGCUAGCUCUCUGGAUAGUCUCCUUGCUUGCAGCGCUUGACGUUUCUCGCUGCAAUGCUGCGGCGACCGUCCGGAUGCAGAUCACCCACGUUGACAUUGGAUGUGGCCUGGCAGGGCGUGAGCUGAUGCAGCGGAUGGCGCUGCGCAGCAGGGCCCGCGCCGCGCGGCUCCUCUCGGGCUCAGCGAGCGCGCCGGUAUCCCCCGGGGCCUACGACAACGGCGUCCCUACGACGGAGUACCUGGUGCACUUGGCCAUCGGCACGCCGCCGCAGCCCGUGCAGCUGACGCUCGACACCGGCAGCGACCUCAUCUGGACGCAGUGCCAGCCGUGCCCCGCAUGCUUCGACCAGGCUCUCCCUUACUUCGACCCGUCGACAUCCUCCACGCUCUCGCUGACUUCCUGCGACUCCACGCUGUGCCAGGGCCUGCCGGUUGCGUCGUGCGGCAGCCCAAAGUUCUGGCCGAACCAGACAUGCGUAUACACGUACUCCUACGGCGACAAGUCGGUGACGACAGGCUUCCUCGAAGUGGACAAGUUCACGUUCGUCGGCGCCGGCGCGUCCGUGCCCGGCGUGGCGUUCGGCUGCGGCCUCUUUAACAACGGGGUUUUCAAGUCCAACGAGACCGGCAUCGCUGGCUUCGGCCGCGGGCCCCUGUCCCUCCCGUCGCAGCUCAAAGUGGGCAACUUCUCCCACUGCUUCACCACCAUAACCGGAGCUAUACCGAGCACCGUCCUGCUCGAUCUGCCGGCCGACCUCUUCAGCAACGGCCAGGGCGCCGUCCAGACCACACCUCUAAUCCAGUACGCUAAAAAUGAAGCAAAUCCAACUUUAUACUACCUCUCGCUGAAGGGCAUUACCGUGGGGUCGACGAGGCUGCCGGUGCCGGAGUCCGCGUUCGCGCUGACGAACGGGACAGGCGGAACGAUCAUCGACUCCGGCACGUCCAUCACGUCGCUGCCGCCACAGGUUUACCAGGUCGUCCGCGACGAGUUCGCCGCGCAGAUAAAGCUCCCCGUGGUGCCCGGUAACGCGACGGGUCACUACACCUGCUUCUCGGCGCCGUCGCAGGCGAAGCCAGACGUGCCGAAGCUGGUGCUGCACUUCGAGGGCGCGACGAUGGACCUGCCCCGGGAGAACUACGUGUUCGAGGUCCCCGACGACGCGGGUAACAGCAUCAUCUGCCUUGCCAUUAACAAAGGCGACGAGACGACCAUAAUAGGCAACUUCCAGCAGCAGAACAUGCACGUACUCUACGAUCUGCAGAACAACAUGCUGUCCUUCGUCGCGGCUCAGUGCGACAAACUUUAAUCUCGCAUAGACGAUCUGGCUACAACGUCCGUAUCGCUAUCUACUUGUGAUUACGUACCUUUGGAUGAAUAAUCUGUAAUUCUGUUA